CGCUUUGCAGGAAGCGGAUGCAGGCUGCUCUCCGGUGUUGUGUUGAUUUCUAGAGAGAGCAGGAAAAGAAGACUUGACGUUUGGAGAAACGUAAACAUCCUUCUCAGUGUUGUAGUGUCUGUCUCACUUCUUAGCUCAAAAGUCGAAGAAAUUAGAGUAAGCCUUCGAGUCAGUCAGUCCAUGGAAAAAAUCUAACGAUGUUCAGCUUUGAGGGAGAUUUCAAGACAAGACCCAAGGUGUCCCUUGGAGGAGCGAGUAAAAAGGAGGAGAAGGCAUCACUGUUGCACCGCACUCAAGAAGAGAGACGGAAAAGAGAAGAUGAAAGAAGACGACUGAAGAACGCCAUUAUCAUUCAGUCCUAUGUACGCGGUUACCAAGACUUGAAAAAACAGUAUGCCAUACAGCGGGCAAAGUUUGACGAGCGUGUCAGCCAGACGCAGUCGGGAGGAGCUCAACACGCCCUGGAUGGCGUUGGUCUCUGCCUCUUAUCAAGACAAUUAAUAUUUUUCUACAGACAGAGUGUGGAUGCCCAUAGAUUGAUAUGGCUGUGCCAGAACCUGGUGAAGCACAACGGCCAGUUUGUGAAGCUGUUGGUUGGCCCACAGAAGAAGACAUGCGUGUUUCAGAUCAAGAGGAUCUUAGGCUUCUGCUGCAGACUCUUGCAGAGCUGCACGGAUGACAGUUUAAAUGUUGCAGUUCCCAUGCGAAUGCUAGAAAUCUUUUCUACAGAGAGAACCUAUCUUCCCGUUAUUCCAGAUGCUAAUAAUGUAGCUUCAUUACUCGAGCAGAUUUUGCACUACAUGGUACAGAAAGGAUACUACAGGUCGCUGUAUAUUCUUGUGAAUCACAGGCUCCCUUCCAGUCUGGAGUACAGCGACGCUCCCACUAUCCCCCUGGCAAGCACACUGUUGGAGCACAUCCUCAAACCUCUGCACUUUACCUACUCCUCCUGCACAACAGGCGCAAGGCAGUUUGUAUUUGCGGCUUUUACCGAGGAGUUCAUCUCUGCUCCGUUUACUGAGCAGAUCUUUCACUUCUUUAUCCCGGCACUAUCAGACUUCCGUCACUCAUUCCCUUUCGAGGCUUUCCUGAGCUCCCUUAAGGCCACGAUCGACUCCUCUUCAGCAGCACAGAGCCAAGCACCAUGGCUGUUUUAUUUUGUCCUCUCUGCAGGGGAGAACCGCCUAGGCUCACUAUCAGAGGAGGGUCUCCUGUUGUACCUCCGGGCCCUGCAGACGCUGCUGCCGCUGCUGCCAGUGUCAGAAAGCAGCACCAGGCCAGAAGUGAGCAGCGACUCGGAGGAUGACGAUAACGCUGGCAUCCAGCCGCUACCCAUGCAGGUCUUCACCAUGAUGGCGUCCAUCUGUCACACGCUGAUGGUGCAGCAUCGUCUCAUGGUGCCAAAAGUCAGACUUCUGUACAGCUUGGCUUUCAAUGCACGCUUCCUGAGACAUCUCUGGCACCUCAUCACCUCCAUGACAACCAAGAUGAUCACUGGGUCUAUGGUGCCACUCUUACAGCUGAUCUCCCGAGGGUCUCCCAUGUCCUUUGAGGACUCCAACCGCAUCAUUCCUGUCUUCUAUCUCUUCAGCUCUCUCUUCAGCCACUCUCUUAUCUCCGUGCAUGACAGCGAGUUUUUUGGACAUGCAAUGGAAGGUCAGACGCAGUCCUCCAUGAUGCCCUUCACGCUGUUAGAGCUUGUGACUUUGUCUCGCUGUCUGAGAGAUGCAUGUCUGGGUAUCAUCAAGCUGGCCUACCCUAAGACCAAAGCAGAGCACAGAGAGGAGUACAUGGCUGCCUUCCGUAGUGUGGGGGUGAAGACGAACACCGAGGUUCAGCAGCAUAUCCAGGCGGAACAGAAGCGCUGGGUGCAACUCUUCAAGGUCAUCACUAACUUGGUGAAGAUGGUGAAAGCUCGUGACAUCCGCCGACCCUUCUGUCCGGCAGGUCACUGGCUCUCGGAGGAGGUCAACAUCCGGGCCGAUAAGGUCACCCAGCUGUACGUCCCAUCUGCAAGACACGUAUGGAGAACACGGAGGAUGGGCCGCAUUGGGCCACUUCAGUCUACACUGGAUGUUGGUUUAGAGCCUCCACAGCUGUCUGUGUCCGAGGAAAGACAUCUGGCCAUCCUCACCGAGCUCCCAUUUGUGGUGCCCUUCGAGGAGCGAGUGAAGAUCUUCCAGAGGUUAAUCUUCGCCGACAAGCGAGAUGUGCAGGGGGACGGCCCGUUCCCCGACGGCAUCAAUGUCACCAUCAGGCGCAACUACAUAUAUGAGGACGCCUACGACAAACUCUCUCCAGAAAACGAACCGGACCUAAAGAAGAGGAUCAGAGUGCACCUGCUGAACGCUCACGGUCUGGAUGAGGCGGGAAUCGACGGAGGUGGGAUCUUUCGCGAGUUCCUCAAUGAGCUCCUCAAAUCGGGCUUCAACCCCAACCAGGGCUUCUUCAAGACGACCAACGAGGGCCUGCUGUACCCCAGCCCCGCUGCAGAGAUGCUGGUGGGAGACUCGUUCACCAGACACUACUACUUCUUAGGCAGGAUCCUCGGAAAGGCGCUUUAUGAAAACAUGCUGGUGGAAUUGCCCUUUGCGAGUUUCUUCCUGUCCAAGCUUCUUGGAACCAGCGCAGAUGUGGACAUUCACCACCUGGCCUCCCUGGACCCAGAGAUGUAUCGCAACCUGCUUUUCCUCAAGAGCUACGAGGGUGACGUGGAAGAGCUGGGCCUUAACUUCACCGUGGUCAACAACGAUCUGGGAGAAGCUCAGGUGGUUGAGCUGAAGCUUGGAGGCAAAGAUAUUCCUGUGACCACGGCAAACCGAAUAGCCUACAUCCAUCUGGUGGCUGACUACAGGCUCAACAAGCAGAUCAGGCCUCAUUGCCUGGCCUUCAGACAGGGUCUGGCCAAUGUGGUCAACCUGGAGUGGCUGCGCAUGUUUGACCAGCAGGAGAUUCAGGUUCUGAUAUCUGGGGCUCAUGUGCCAAUUUGUCUCGACGACCUAAAAAACUUUACAAACUACUCAGGCGGGUAUUCAGCCACUCAUCCCGUCAUCCAGAUCUUCUGGGAGGUGGUCGAAGGAUUCACAGAUGACGAAAAGCGCAAGUUGCUGAAGUUUGUCACCAGCUGCUCCAGACCACCGCUGCUGGGCUUCAAGGAGCUAUACCCGGCCUUCUGCAUCCACAACGGAGGGACUGACCUGGAUCGCCUGCCCACCGCCAGCACCUGCAUGAACCUGCUCAAGCUCCCCGAGUUCUGCGACCAGCACCUGAUGAGGAACAAGCUGCUGUACGCCAUCGAGUCAUCCUCCGGGUUCGAGCUGAGCUGAGCUGAGCUGUGCCUCCAGACAUGGACGCCACAGAAGUGGCUUUGGGGUGAAAGACUGAAAAUAGACGAGGGAAAGCAAACCAUGCACUGACUGAUUUUACUGUUUGUGUGUGUGUGCGUGCGUGCGUGCGUGCGUGCCAAGCCGAUGGUGAGGAAAUGCUCCCCCACAGACUGAAAGAAGGGUGCUUUUAAAUCAUUUGAAAUGUUGAAUCCCUUCUUAUUCUUCAGACAGAUCAGCAGCUUAGUUAAAUUUUGCAGAAGGUAUUUUGUGCAUACAUUAAAAAACAAAACAAAAAAACAAACAAAUGUGUAACUGAAUGGAGAAAUGUUUUCACCAAAGAUUAAGCGGCAUCAUGUUGAAACAAAAAAAGGCAAUAUAACAACAGACUGGGGGGGACAGAGUGGGCAGGACUGUAAAGCCAAGGGCUGCGGAGGCAGGAGCUUUUGUGUACAGCCGUCAUGAAUUUUCACGUAGAGGUCGGUGAACCGGCAGGUUUUUGUGAUUUCUCGAAUUGUUAUUAUUCCUAGUAUUAACCGUCGUGUCUGAUAACGAUACAGUAAGUGUGCACACGCCAUCUGAAGAAUAGAAAUGACUUGUCUUGCUGGAUGUUUGGGGAGGGGAGCACUGAAGGUUGGUUUUUUUUUUGUGUGUGAAUAUGUAUAUGUUUACAGCUGCUCUUGUAUUAUUCAUCUAUUCAGUAUUUGUACAGGUUUGUUUUUCCUCUCUCCUUUUCACGUGACGAGUUUCUGUUUUCACACACGUCUGCUUUAAGGUGAACGACCCCCCCCCCUCUUCUUCCUCCUGCAAGUUUGCUUUUUAGUGGGGGGAAGCAGCAACUGUGUCAUGUUUGAUGAGGCUUACAGAUGAUCAGUGUACCAACAGGCUGAAAAAAAAAAAGAGUGUAUGGAAACAAAUAAACCCACUUUUCUUUUUGAUUUUUUCCCUCCAUAUUUUCUUGUUACUUGUAAUUUACAGUAAUGACCGAGACAUAAAACAGUGCUUUGUGGGAAAAUCUCCUCUUGAGUUUUAUGGCCUCUG